AUCUCAAUUGAUUCAAUCUUAUGUAUUGAUGCAUAUAUGUUUAUUAUAAACGACUGACAUGCUAUUCAAGGACGAGAAAAGUAAUGUUCUGCAUACGCGAUUUCCCGAAUCUAGCGUCAACUUUUGAUCUAGUACAGUUCACUCACACUCGCCCAUGACUACAUCGAUAGGCGCACACAAUGAACGACGCGCGGAGACCGGUCGUGGCAACACCGCAGCGUCGGCCGCCACGGACUCGCUAGUACCGUGUGUAUACCAGAGACCGUUGUGCGUACUGUGAUUUUUCUACGAAACAAAAGUGUGGUUAUGUUGAAAGUGAAUACAGAAAAUUUGGUACGGUAUAAAGGGAAAUGGAAAAAAAAGACCGUGGUUGCUGGUAGAUUGAAGCUCAUUGAGCGGAAUAAAGAAACGCCAGAUGUGGCACGUGUCGAAAAACCAACGACCAUCCUCCGUGGCAUGCGAUUGAUCGAUCCUAAUGAAGUCAACAAAAACAUGAUAUGCAGCAAUUGUAAAAAACAAUUGGCAUUUAAUCAUAUCGUGAAAGAAAGAACAAUGGGCUUUCACUACAUUUGGACUAUGAAAUGUGAUACUUGCUUCACGCUAACGAAAUGCCACUCAAGUGCCGUUCACUCCGGAGCAGGAUGCAAUGCACUGAGGAAAAUUGCAAUGUGCAUAGAUAUGCCGGUCUUGAGUGAGGAAACAUACAAGCGGUAUGAACGUGAAAUUGGUCCACUCAUCGAAAAAGCUGCCAAGGACAGUUGCCAAGGUGCAGCAGCGGAGAAACGAAAUUUAGUCAUAGAGCAUAUCGAUACGCUGCGUGAUAAAUUGUAAGCUCUCUGUCAUUGUGACAAAACAUUUCAUUCUCUUGAAUGGCAUAACUAAGAUUUUUUUCAUGAAAAGGAUAUUGGUGGAAUUAUUGCACAACAAACAAGGAUACUGCAGUAUUAUCAUAAAAUAAUAGUUCCGUAUAAAAUUUCCGUUUUAUCGUACCUGAAUUCGUACUAUUCAUGUCAAAAAUCUAUUGAUAAUUUUUCUUACUCAAUUGUAUAUAAGUCAAUAAGUUUGGCAUUAAAUUAAUAAGUGGUUGUAAGCACCUCGCAGCAUGAAUUGUACAUACAAAUAUGCUGUUAGAUUUCAAUGAUUAAUUCCAAACCAUGGUGAAGUUUGCAUCGUUGGAAUGCAACGGAAUUCUGUUUUUUCUUGAGUCGAGCUCGAGAUUCUCAUUCAAUAUUUGGUCAGGACAAUAAAACGAUUUGUUUUCAAGAUCCGAAGACAAAUCGGUACGAAAAUUUUCAUGGUUUUUGAAACUGAACGAACAAUUUAAAAAAAAACGUAUUUUUCGUUGGACCUCAACUUUUCAAACUUCAGUGUCAUAAUUCCAACAAUAUCGUAUUCGUGAAUGAAUACAUUAGUUUAGUGAUUUGAAACAGAGAUCUGUAUAAAAAAAAUUUUAUUCACACACCAAACGUUAUAAUAGACAAAUGAAAAUAAUAUUGAACAAUUAUAUGAAUAAAAAAAUAUACAGCGAUUACACCAAACCUCGAACCUCUCAAUCUCUAAUAUAGUAUGAAAUGUACAAGACCAAUACAAAAAUAAACAAAUGUAACACAUACAGAAUAAGAAAACUCGAAAGGUG